ACUGUGGAGGAAGCGCUUGUAUAUUCUACGAAACCGGCAGCAUCUAGGCACGAUCAUUUCAUGCACUUUACCAAGUGCAAGGCAGAAAAUUUCAAAGUUAUUCUAGCGCCAAGCCCAAAGUACACUGGGAUGGUUGACGAUCCACCUAGAUAUAUGGGUGAAGGUUUUGUCGUUUUGAGUUCAAACAACAUGGAAGUUUAUUAUUACAUGGACGAAUCGGGCGUCGUACCGGAGCAUCCUGAAAUGAUACAAUUGGUGAACGGUGACAUGGUCGAGGCGAUGCCUCCCAUAUGGGGUAUCGACAUCAAGUGCGGAAAGGGUACGGAUUUCAGUUACGGCCCGUGGGCGGACAGACAGCGGGAGCAUUUAUUCAAGUUCUUCUUCCCCAAUGAUUACCAGUCGUUGAAGGUUACAAAGUCACCUAAGCCGGGCGAUAAAAGACAGGUUCAAUCAUUCGACAUUAGAUUGUCAACACUGAAUGAGGCGACGAUCGACAUACUUUUCAGCAAGAACAGAGAGACGAAUGCUGUUCAUGUUAAUGUAGGACCGGGAUCGUACUUGGAGAUUACAAUGCCGUGGAUAGUAUUGCAGGAUGGAUACACUACAAAGAUCACGGGUCAGCUCUUGCAUUUGGAAGCCACGACCAGCCUGCAAUAUCGGAGCCUCGUUGAAAGCGAGACCUUGGAAUUCGGAGUGAAGUGCCAUUAUCCCAUCAGAUGGAACGAUUAUCAGGAAUGGACACUGAAUCUAACUGGAUGUAAAGCAACCGCCAAUUUAGUUUAUUCGCACAAAGAUUUCUUUCAAGAUAUGAUCAACGAUUGGGCGAGUAAGGCAAGACCCGACAUUUUGCACUUUGUUCCGUACACUUGGAAGUUUAGUUUGCUUCUGAAGGAGUUUGAAGUGAUCACAGUCUGCAAUGAAUACAACUGGAUUGACUGUUCGUCGCAGAACCAGGAGAAUGCGCACAUUGCCUUUUGCGGGGAAUUUUUUGACCUGUCGUUUGACCUUCCGUUCGUGGAUUUUCUACCCGUCACCAUACCAUUGCGUUUUUGGAUUCAAGGAGAGAGUGUCGAUCUUUCAUUUUAUUUGCCAGAGGUCAACACCAAUCGUAUUAUUUUGUUAGCGUUAAAUAAGAACGCGAAAAUUAUGACGCGCGAUGGAUCUCACAAGUAUCUGCAUGAACUACACAGAGGCAAGAAAUGGAGGAAUUUUUCAAAGGAAUCGGGAUGGGUUGAUUGUUGGUUCGUGCCGAUCGUGGCGUUGAGUAUCAAUUAUAUUUAUCACCUGUGUCCACCUUUGGGUCCCACCCCGCAAGCCAAUAUAACAACUCCGGAGAAGGAGGAGAUCCUUUUAUCUCCCAUG